AUGGAUCGACUCAUAGAAGAAUAUACAACGGAAAAGAAGCAUUGGGCUAAAGAAGUCGUUCAACGUACAAAAAGAUGUGACGAUGUACUUAAUACACGAUUUGUUCAAAAGAAAAUUAAUCAAUUAACUAGCAAUAUUUCUGAAGCAAGUGCUGCAAUUUCAGAUUUACAAAUCCAAUUAUCUACAUAUUGGAUGCAAACUACAUCUGAAAUAACAAAUCAAAGAUUAGCUCAAGCAACAACUAAAAAUAUACUACUAGAAAGAACACGUCAGGCAACGACGACAGCAGCAGCAGCAGCAACAACAACAACAGAUACAGACGACGAAAUAUCAACAAGAGCUCCGACUACCACUACUGCAAAAAAUUAUGCUAGAGAACCAGUUGAUCGUAUUGAAAAAUUUAUAUUAGAAUAUAUUAAAUCUUGUACACAACAUGUUCAAAAGAUGGCUCAAAUUCGAAUUCAAUUAGCUAAAGCCCAAAUGGAAGAAUUCAAGGCCUUAGAAGAUUUUGAACAAGUAGCCACAGCAACUCAAUGGAAUCUUCAUCUAAUAUUAAAACCAAAAGUUAAACUCUGGUCAAUUAAAAAUAAAAAUUAUCAAAUACUUUCAAAACGUGUAAAAUUUGAUCUACUACCUAAAUUUAUUGAUAAAAUUGACAACAUUGACUCUUCAUUGAAGAUUGAUGAAUCAAUUAUAAAACAAGAUGAAGCACAAGAGAUGUACAAUCAAAUGCGUCAAAUCACUAAAGAUUUUCGUACUCAAACAAUGACGUUACAUAUUCAAUCUGCUGCUCGAGAAUACGAAGUAAUAUUACAUCAAGUCAAUAGCAUCAUCGAAAAAUUUCCUCAAAAAAAUGAUGAUGAUGAAUCUGAUGCUGAAAUUGGUUAUGCAGCAUUUAAACAAUAUCACGAACUACGUGAAAAAAGAUUAAAUUUAGAAAUUGAAAAAUCACUUUAUUUUUUAUUCGAACAGCGAGUCGCGGGCAACGACAACAAUCAACAACAAGAAGAAGAAGAAACAACGGCCCCGACUCUACAAGAACAUCAAUUAUUAAGAUUAGGUCCCCGCUUUAUAUUCGAUGACCCCAAAACAGCAGCUCGACGAAGGACAACUGAAUUGGCAACUUUGAAACGAAAAUUAGAAGCUCGUUUCUUUGAAAAGAAAGUAAGCCCCGGUCGUCCAGUCGAACAAUUCAUUGCUGAAUUAGAUGUCUUGCUCCAAAAUUUGCAUAAUAUCCCAACCACUAAGAAACAAAUACAAUUUAAUAGAAUUCAAACGAAUAAAUCAUUUGACAAUUUGUCCUCAAUUAUUCAAUCAAGUCAAUCAAGCCAAUCUCAAACCAUUAUUCGACCAAGAAAAAAGAAAAAUUAUGGUCGAAUAGUUAAGAGAUUGAAAUACAAAAUUCAUUUGGCUAAUACCAUUCUAAGAAAGACUGAUAAGUCUAAGGUAUUCCAUUUAGGUAAAGUUGAUCAUUAUCAGAAAAAAUCAGAAGAAUAUAUGGAUAAUACAAAAGCAUAUCAAUGUCUUGGUACAAUUGAUCCACUUCCUGAUUUAAUUCAACGAACCAAUAGAUACUUAUUAGAUUUAAGAUUAGCUAAAUGGAUUACUCAAAAACAAUAUGAACAAUUAAGUAUUAAAUCAAAUGAAGUCGAACUAGCUCAUUUAUAUUAUUUACCAAAAGCUCAUAAACCUGGUACUCCUUUAAGACCAAUUAUAUCCGGUUUGAAACAUCCUACGAUUAAAAUAUCAAAAUUUCUUGAUGAUUUACUUCGACCAUUAUUCGAUCAGAUGGCUCUAGAUUCUACAGUCACUUCUGGUUUUGAAUUAAUCAAAAAUUACAAGAAUGGUCAACAGUUAAUAUGUGUCAAGAUACUUUAUUUUGUACAAUUGAUGUUACUGACCUUUAUACUAUGGUACCUCAAAUAG